AUGGUCAAACUAGAGUUUUACUUGCUAGUUCUUCUAAUCUCCUACCACUACACCACCAGCAAUGCCGCCACCAAUGCCACCGCCAUGAACUACGUCAACGCCUCAUGUAGAAACACCCGCUAUCCAGCUCUCUGUGUUCGUUGUCUCCAACGUUACGCAAAUUCUAUUCAAGGAAACGAUCAAAAGCUUGCAAAAGCAGCCAUUUCAGUCAGUCUUAACAAUGCCAAGUCAACAGCUGCAUAUAUUUCCAAGCUGUCCGAGUCAUCAGGAAUAAAACCGAGUGUGUAUCAAGCCGUGAACGACUGUCUCAACAACAUGAACAACUGUGUGCCGAGCCUGAACCAGUCGGUUCAGGAGCUAGGGAAAAUGGCUCAGUUUAGGGGUCAGAAUUUUGAAUGGCACAUGAGUAACGUCGAAACGUGGGUCAGUUCUGCACUAACAAAUCAAAACACUUGUGCUAGGGGAUUCUCUGAUGGCUCCAUGGAUGGACCUGUGAAGGAUGCUGUGAUUAGGAGGAUGAAUUAUUUAUCACAACUAACUAGCAAUGCACUUGCUUUAAUCAAUAGGUUUGCUUUGAAACAUAAAGCUGGUACUCAUAUGCCUUGA